AUGAAUGCACAAACUUCUUUUUUUAUUCUUGCCAUCUCCAUUUUAGCUAUAAACUGUUAUCCGGCCACAGCAGAUGAAGAGAACGAGCCUAAAACAGAUCUAUUAAUCCCGUUAUACUCGACGACUGUACUAUCAUGUAGCUCAGUGUUCCAAACUGUCAAUAAGACAGCUCAUUGGUUCAAAAAUGGAAAACAGGUCGCAACUGUCGGAAGUGAAUAUAACGCUGUAUACAUGAACAGAUCAGGAGAAACAGAAAACAUACCGGAAGUUGGAUUCCUAAUAUUGAAAAAUACCCAAAAAGAUGAUCAAGGCUUGUAUCACUGUGAAUCAGCUGAUGAACCGUCGAUUACCGGGAAGAUAUUUGAUUUGAAAGUUGCUUUUGUCGAUUCACUACCACCCACUGGAUCCAUUUACUACUACCCGGAAAAGCCGAUCGUCGGAGAAGAGUUUUAUGCGCACGUGUUCAUGCCCCCUGCAUAUCCAAAACCAUCGGUUGUAUGGCUAUUGAACGGGGAGCCAAUUGAAUAUAUAUCAUCUGAAACUUCAAUUGAUUCAAAUGGAACUCUAUUUAUAAAAUACUUAUCAAAUCUCCAUAUUGGCAAAUUAGAAUGCAUCAUAUCAAAUUUUGCAGCCAAAACGUCAACAUCUAAGGAACUACUGCCAAUUACCAUUGCAAAGAAUAACUCUCCAUCCAACAAUAUCAUUUCUUGCGGGAAUAUGGUGCGCAUAAAGAUUUUAUGGUUCUUGAUAGGAUGCUUAGUGACAAGCUUAUGUGUUCUUAUCUAUUUACUAUGCGUUUUGAUGAUUCUCCGGCCGAACCAUCAACGUGCUACUCUUCGCCCUAUACAAUGGUUCCAAACCCACCCUUUGCUUGCCCCAGGAUUUCGUAAGGUCAUUACCCCAACACCUGAUAUAUUAUUCCCAAGACAAGGAGGACAAGUCUCCUUCACCGAAGAGGGCGGAGUCUUCGUCAUAGAACUCAAUCAAGUACCAGCAGCUCCUCAUCCCCUUUUCUUCAUCUUUUGCAUAACAGUCACUCAUCAUGUUCAUAUGAUUCCAUCAAAUAACUUUUUAAUUACUUUAACUGUUUUGUUAUCAUCUGUCUAUGCUCAAGAACUAGCAACAGAAGCUUGCAAAGCUGCCUUAGAAGCAUGUGAAAAUGAUCUCGAAUGCUCCAACCGAUUGACUCCGUUGGUAGCUGCCUGCUCAACAUCGACAUGUCAACCUCAAUGUAGAAAUGCUGUUCUGAACGUUUAUCAAAACAAAUUAGGAAGAAACCUUUUAAGAUCGGAUGCUUCAUGUAUUCACGGAAGAGAAGAACUGAGAACUUGUAACUUCUUACCCACUGGUGAUCAAGUUCAUUGCAGUUUGGCUAAACUGGCUUGUGAAGCUGACUUACAAUGUAACUCCAAAUGGGGAAUCUUCUUCUCCGAAUGUGAAGCUGAAACUGGACGAGGAGAAUGUUCUCCAAAAUGUGCUGGAUUCUUACGAGAAGCCACAUCCACUCCUCACGGACAAGCUUUCAUCAACUGUACUUGUACCGACAGAGAAGAUCAAUUAUGUCAUAACUUGAAGAAUAAUGUUCUGAAUGUUUGUAACAAGCCAACUGCUCCGUCAACUUCUGUUGAUAACAACUCAGUCAUUGAGAAUUCAAACGAUUCAAUGGAGCCAUCAGCAGCUUCCACUUCAUGGCCUUUCCAUAUUAUUCUUCCAACCAUUAUGAUGUAUUUUUUGUUGUCAGCAAGUCUUUUUCUCAAUUUUUAA